AUGGAGCACAGCAGCCGACUGGACAAGGAGAUUCUGGCGCUGCGGGCACGGGUCCAGACACUCGACUUGGAGAGGAAAGUGUUCCUGGAGCUGGUGGAGCAGCUCAAGGAGGAGAUCUGUGAGUACCAGCGGAGUGAGAGGCCAGAGCCUCCACUGGUCGAGGGAGUCGGAAUGGCCUCACUGCAGGCACAGGGCACACACGAAGAAGCAGGCGCUGAUGGAGAAACUGGUGCCAGCAGAACUGCCCCGUAUGAAGAACAUGGAGAUCAGGGUGUUGAAACGCUCCACAAAAGGUGCUGCAAAGCCAUGGAGAACGUUGAGGGCAGGAAUUCCCAGCUCCUUCACAAGCUGCAAAAACUGGAGCAGGAACGUGAGGGUUUGGUUGAGCGCAAUGAGAAGCUGGAAUCAAUUCUGGGAGAGACACAGUUCCAAACCAAGCAAGAGAAGCAACAGCUGGAGAGCAAUGUGGAGGAACUGCACCAGAAAAUCACCAGUUUGGAAACAGAGUUGUUUGAGGUGCAGAAGAACAAAAAUGAGAUGAAUGGGAAUGAGCAGGUGACAUCUGGAGCUCAGGAGAUGCAGGAGAUGUUGGAAAGCUGUCAGGAAACAAUAGACAAGUUGGGGAGUCAGCUGGGAGAGAGAAGAGAACAGAGAAAGCAACUGGCAUCUGAGCUGGAGUUGCUCUGGGAAGACCUGAAGGCUGAGAAGGUGGUUCUGGGCAGCCAGGGUUUACCUGACUCCCACUCAGAGCUCACAAGCCACAUAAGCACCUUCCCAAGUCUCCAGAGAGCAUCAGCCAGCAGGGAUCUUGUGGAUUUAUCCCAUGAGAAACACAAAGACAGUGCUUUGCUAGAUCCAGAGGCCUCUGAAGUCCUGCGAGACAGAGAACAGAGUCACAAAGUGGAGCAGAAAGAGGAAGAUCCCUGUGCAGAUGCAAAGACCUAUGAGGAACAGAUGGCUAAAGUAGUGUUUUUGGAAGAACAGAUCAAAAACCUGCGGGAAGAACAAGAAUUGCUCUGCUCUGAAUUACUAGAGAGCAAUAAGAAGAAGGAGAAGCUGGAAAAGCAGCUCAAAGAGAGCAAUGAAGAGAAACAGAUGCUGCUUGAAGAAAUUGCUCAGCUCAAACGUGACAUCCGGAAUGCCUGGGAGCAGGGCCCCAGCAGAGACAUGAGGAGGAUGACCCCAGGCUUGGAGGAGAGGGAGAACAGGUUUCUCCCAUGGCAGAGCUUGGCAGGCAGUUUAGAGGGGAGCCUUAAACAGGGUCUGUCUGAGGAGAGGUUCCAGCAGCAGGAGGAGAAGCUGCAGCAGCUGCGCCAAGACCUGCGGCGGGUGCAGAACUUGUGCAGCUCCGCCGAGAGGGAGCUCAGGUAUGAGAGGGAGAAGAACGCUGACCUCCAGAGGCAAAAUCUGCUGCUCCAGCAGGAAUGCACCAAGGUCAAAGCUGAGCUGAAGCAGGCCCGGGCCAAACUCUCGGACACCACGGAAACAUGUUCUUCCCUCUCAGCACAGUGGGAGAGGAGCCAGCAGAAGGUCAAGGAGCUGGAACUGGAGCUCUCCAAGUGCUCCCAGGCUGAUAAGCUCCAGAGCAGCCUCCAGGAGAAGCUGGUUCAGGAGAAAUCGAGAGCAGGAGAAGCACAAAAGAAGGUCUCAAAACUCCAGCAAAAGCUGAAGGAUUCCCAGCACCAGCUGCUGUUGGCAGAGGCCCAUGUUUCUGAUAAGAAGCUUCUGGAGGAGGAGCUGAAGGAAGCUCGGGAAAAUGAAGCUCGAGUGCAACAGGAACUUCAUGAGGAGCAGCUAAAAAGGAGGCUCCUGGAACAGCAGGUGGAGGAGCUGCAGCAGCAGCUCUGGCAUUCCCAGGAGACAGAGGCAUCACUGGCCAAGAUGCAUGUGGAGCUCCAGGCCAAGACCCUGCACGUCCUGGAGGAUGAGAAGAAGCUGGAUGCUGGUGAGCAUGUACAGUGCCAGAAGGAGAACCAGAAGCUCUCAGAGCAGCUGGCGCUGCUGAAGGAGGAGAACAAAGCUCUGUAUGAGGAAGGUGUCCGACUCCUGAACCAGAAGGAUCUCUAUGUCAGGAAAUACAAUGAGAUGCAGCUCCGGCACAAGGACAAGAUCCGCAGGGCCAAGGAGACCUUCAUCCAUGAGGUAAAACAGAGGGACAGUAGGAUCAAACAGCUGGAAAAUGAGCUCAGCGAGUCAAAGCUCCAAGUGGAAAAGGGGAAGGUGCUGAUUGCCCAGAUCAAUGCUGAGAAUGAGAAAUUACUCCAGGAGAGGCGAUGGCUCCUCCAAAAAAUAUCAGAUCAGGAGGAAUUCCCUUGGAGCCUCUGGUCUGGGAUUCCCUCCCUGCAGAGUAGAGGGAAGAUCCUGGAGGAGGAGAACGCCCGGCUGCAGGACAAGCUCCAAUUCUCCAGCCAUGUGGCCUUCUCCCAGCACCUUGCCAGGAGCAGCCCCACUCCCAACACAGAGGACUUGAAGAUUGUUCCUGGGUCGGAACGCCAACCACAGAGUAAAGUGUUGCCGCCUCCUCGUGCCAGCUUCCCAGCCCAAGAUGUCCCAGAGCCCCUCAGCACCCUGAAGGCCCCACAGAACACAAAGCCUGAGGGAGAGGCUGAGAGCCAGGAUUCCUCCUUCUGCCUGUCCCCAUCGCAGCCUUCAGAGAUCGGAUACCUGAAUGUGGCCUCUCCUGGGGAUACCACAGCCCCCAUGGCCUCACCGCUGCAUGAUGGGAGCCGGAGCCUUGGCUCCGAGAACUGA